GAGCGUUCUUCAUUUCUCAUUUGAGGCAAAUCUGCUCAAUGUGUUGAGCAUAAAAGAGAUAAAAGAUAUUUUACACUAAUUUUGAAAAAUAAAUGAAUAAAGAAUUUUGCAAAUAUAUAAUAAAUAGAGGAUCUUUUUAGAGAAAUAGUGACAAACUAUUGAAAGAUGUCGGAAGCAGAGGCAGUAACUUCAGCACCAAAAACAAGCAUAAGCGAUUUGAGACAGUUUCGUAUUAAUAAAAAUCUUGCAGCUGCUGCGACUAGCAAAACUGCAGUUCUUCUUCCCGGCAAGAAACGCAUACAGGUGAUGCCCGAUAGCGAUAGUGAUGCAGAUAUCACUCCAAAGAAAAUUAAAAUUGAGUUAAGUGUCGAAGAAAAAGAGGAACGUUUCCUGGCCAUUGCUAAAAUAGCUACGGAUUACGAUACUAUGGAUAUACAAGACUCUUUGGUUCGUUCCAAUUGGGUAAUUGACGAUGCUAUGAAAUAUUUAAAAGACAGACGUAUGCCGAAAAGAGGCCCAGAUUCUUUUCAAGGUUCCAAUAAUAAAGUAGUCGUUCCUCCUUCAGCAAUAAUAACGGUAAGAGCAACAGCACCAGCAAAACCAGCAGCAGCACCAGCAAAAACGACAGCAACAAAUGGGACAAUAAAAUCUCGAACUAAGAAAUCGUCAAGUUAUGGUUCGGAUGAUGAAGAUUCAGGUGAUCAGGCUUUUGCUAAAGGUCAAGUUUACGAUAGUGACGACAGCGAUACUGAGGCUUCUCACGAAAUGACCGGUCAACGGAAAAAGGUGUUUGAAUUUAUGAAUACCGCUACUCCAAUGGAAUUGCAAACUGUUAAAAACCUCUCUGAGAAGAAGGCUAGCAUUAUACUAGAAUUACGUCCUUUUAAAGACUGGACUGACCUAUGUCAAAAAUUAGAGUCGAAUAAAGCUUUGUCAGCUGAGUUGCUUAAUCAUACCCAAGAACUAUUAAACAAACAGAACAAUGUAGCUAACAUAUUAACUAAGUGCAACAAGUUAGUACAACGCCUAGAAACGGCAAUUGAGGCUGGUGCAGGCAUCGUGGAGCAGCCUAAAAUACUUAAUAAAAAAUUUAAAUUGGCUGAUUAUCAGCUAAUAGGCUUGAACUGGUUAACUGUAAUGCACAAACAGCAAAUGAAUGGCAUUCUAGCUGAUGAGAUGGGCUUAGGUAAGACCAUUCAAGUAAUUGCUUUCUUAGCCUACCUGAAGGAAAACAAUCUAGCUAAGGCGGCGCACUUGAUCGUGGUGCCGUCGUCCACUUUGGAUAAUUGGGCUGCCGAAUUAUCUCGGUGGUGUCCCAGUUUAGUGGUAGAGAGGUAUCAUGGUAGCCAAGAGGAACGCAAACGCAUGCGUAUACGCUUCGCUAAAGAAGGCUUUACUGGUUUCGAUAUAUUACUUACAACUUAUCAUAUCGUGGCAAGUACACCCGAGGAGAGGAAAAUGUUUCGCGUUUGCAAAUUGCAUUAUGUGAUAUUUGAUGAAGCCCACAUGUUAAAGAAUAUGACCACGCAACGUUACGCCAACUUGAUAACAAUCAAUGCUGAAAUGCGUAUUCUUUUGACAGGCACACCACUGCAAAACAAUCUCCUGGAAUUAAUGUCUUUAUUGUGUUUCGUCAUGCCCAGCUUUUUCGGGAAAAAUGUUGAGGAUAUCAAGAGUUUGUUUGCCAAGAAAAACAAAGCUGAAAACGGAAACGAAGAAGUUUCUCAAUUCCAAGAAACACAAGUGGAGAGAGCAAAACGUAUUAUGAAACCGUUUGUACUGCGGCGUUUGAAGAAGGAUGUUCUUGGCAAUCUCCCCAAGAAACACACUCAAGUCGAAAAAGUCCCGAUGUCAGAAAUUCAAAAACGUUACUAUAAUGACUUGGUUGAAUAUUAUUCAAACAAUAAAGGCGAGAUUUGCAGCGGCGAUCGUGCUGGUGUUACAAUCAUGGUCGAAAUGCGCAAAUUAGCCAAUCAUCCACUACUGGCCCGUUAUUUUUUUGACGAUGCUAAACUGCGGGAGUUCUCUAAACGCCUAGCCACAGUGCCAACGUAUAAGAAAUCAAAUCCGCAGUAUAUUUUUGAAGAAAUGGCAGUGAUGUCCGAUUUUCAAGUUUGGCAGUUGUGUCAUAAGCACGAACUUUUGGAUGUCAAAAUUCCUGAAGACUUAAUAUGUGAUUCUGGUAAAUUUCAAUUUUUGGACUCGCUACUGCCCAAGCUAAAGGCAGAGGGGCAUCGGGUAUUGAUUUUUAGUCAGUUUACCAUGAUGUUGGAUGUUGUAGAGAAAUAUUUAGAUAUAAGAAAACAUGGCUAUUGCCGUUUAGAUGGUUCCACUGCUGUUGAAGAACGCCAGGAUAUGAUUAACGAUUUCAACACAGAUUCUGGUAUAUUUAUAUUUUUACUAUCUACUAAGGCAGGUGGCGUGGGUAUUAAUUUAACGGCCGCCGAUACGUGCAUUAUACAUGAUAUAGACUUUAAUCCGUACAACGAUAAGCAGGCAGAAGAUCGUUGCCAUCGUAUGGGGCAAACACGGCCCGUUACAAUAUACCGUCUCAUAUCAGAAAGCACCAUUGAGGAAGGUAUGCUUCUCGUCGCCGAAGAAAAGUUAAAACUUGAGCAGGAUAUUACAUCUAACGAGAAGGGCGGCGAAGUUCAAGAGACUAAAUGCGUCGUUCGACUACUAACCAUGGCUUUGGGUCUUGAUAAAGACGAAGAAGAGCAACUAAAUAAAUCCAUUAACAAUUCAUUAACGUCUCCCUCCAAAUAGACAGUUCCAGCAUAAUAUUUUAGUACAUAGUUUUUCGUUUUGUCUCCUUCAUUCCUUCAUAAACAAAAUUAUGCGUGUGUUUGGUUUUUUUCCAUUAUUGUUUAUUUACAUAACAAAUUUUUUUGGUACAAACUAAAGUUUUACAUAAGAGCUCGUGUUUUAACUCUUUGUUGUCACCACUUCUAAUUCUAAAAUCUGUAAAAUUAUUGUCAAUCGUUUUGUAACUUUAUUUUAUUUAAUUCCUCGUUCACUUUCAACUGGGAGAAUUGAAGAAGUGUUCACGCUAAGUAAAUUUACACACACAACUUGAAAAAAUAUAUAUACAUACAUAGAUCGAAAGGGUGAAAUGUGCCGAU